AUGUUUGUAAAUUUUAAAAAGAUUCAAUCAUAUAUUGCAUAUGAUUUAUAUGAUAAUAAUAAGAUUAGAGAAUUUGUGGAUAGUUUAAAACAAGAAGAAUUGGAUAACUAUAUAAUUUAUCAAUUUGAAGUUGAUGAUGCAACAUUACUUCAAUUAGAAAAAGAAGAAUUAGAAUUGACUCAAUUAGUUCAAGAGCAAUAUAUUGAUAAAAAAGAUUUCUCAUUUUUAAAUAAUCAUCAUUUAUGGAUAAAAUAUCAAGAUCAAGAUUUCAUAGUUAAUGAAAUUAAAAAUCCAGAAAACAAUAAUAACAAUAACAAUAAUAAUUUUUAUUUAAAUUGUUUUACAAUUAAAGGAACUGAAAAUGAAAUUAAAAAAGAAUUAAAUUUAAAUGAUAAUGAUAAUGAAAUAAAUACAUAUGCAACAUUUUCAAUAACCAGAUAUCAUUUUAAAAUGCCUCAAAAAAUUGAUUUAUAUAUUGAUUGUGUUAUAAAUUAUGAUAAUAAUCAAAAUGGUAAUAAUAAUAAUAAUAAUAAUAAUAAUAAUAAUAAUAAUAAAAAUAAAUUCUCAUUAUAUGGUCAUGUUAAAUGUCAAGCAAAAGAUUAUAGUGAACUUUUAUUAUUUUAUAUUUUAUAUAAUCAACCAAAACCACUCAAACCAAAUAUUAUAAAUUAUCUUUUAUCUUUAAAAAAUAAUGAUAAUAAUAAUAACGAUAAAACAAAUCCAAUCAAUAAACUUCAAUCACCAAUUUCAAAUGAAACUAUUUUACAAACUCCAAAAGUAUUUGAUGAAGAUCCACUAUUUAAAUUUAUUCAAAAAGGUGAAAAUUCUCAAAACUCUUCUUCAAAUUCCUCAUUUUGUUCAAUAAAUUAA